UUGCUGAUAACAAAUAAAAUACAUAGCUCGUUUAACACUCCCACACAAAACAAAAUAAUAAAUUAAGUAAAUCGUUUAGCUUAAAAAUCCAAGAAUUCAAGAUUCCUAAAUCUCUCAAUCGGCAAGAAAUGAAGAAAGACGAGGAAGGAUUUUCACUUGUAGAAAAUUACGUUUGCGAUUCCGUCGACCACCGUGGAAGUCCCGCCGGGAAAUCUUCCACCGGCGGAUGGAGAUCCGCCUGGUUUAUUAUAGGUGUGGAGGUAGGAGAGAGAUUUGCUUACUUUGGGAUUGCCUGUAAUUUAAUCACUUACCUCACCGGACCUCUCGGUCAAUCGACGGCGACCGCCGCCGUGAACGUGAACACUUGGUCGGGAACCGCCUCAAUACUUCCUAUUUUAGGAGCUUUCGUAGCAGACGCUUAUCUCGGUCGUUACCGUACAAUUCUUGCAGCUUCCCUCAUCUACAUACUGGGACUAGGACUAUUGACCUUAUCCGCUUCCUUAAUCCUAACGGGAUUGUCUGAGCAACGUAACGAUGCUUCCGCUAAACCGUCUUUUUGGGUGAAUAUAUUAUUCUUCUGCUCUCUGUAUUUGGUGGCGAUCGGACAAGGUGGACACAAGCCGUGUGUUCAAGCGUUUGGUGCGGACCAGUUUGACUCGGAAGAUCCAAAGGAGGUAAUAUCGAGAGGGUCGUUUUUUAAUUGGUGGUUCUUGAGUUUAUCUGCUGGAAUCAGUUUAUCGAUUAUAGUGGUUGCGUACGUGCAAGAAAAUGUCAAUUGGGCGUUUGGGUUUGGGAUCCCUUGUUUGUUCAUGGUUAUGGCUCUUGUUAUCUUCUUGCUCGGGAGAAAAAUCUAUCGAUACCCAAAAGGAAACAGUGAGAAGAAUAGUAACGCUUUUGCGAGAAUCGGUAGAGUUUUCGUCGCGGCGUUCAAGAACCGGAAACUUAGCUUAGAACAUUCCGGUUUGGGUCAAGGUCUAUUGGAGGAUGGUUCGUCCGAGACAAGUAACGGUCGGCUAGAUUUCCUAGCAAAAGCGAUGAUCUUGGGAGAAGAAGGUGCAGAGCCAUGUAGUGGUAGGGACGUGGAAGAAGCGAAAGCUCUGGUAAGGCUUAUUCCAAUAUGGAUAAUAUCGGUGGUGAGUAAUAUUCCGUACGCACAACACAUAACUUUCUUCACCAAGCAAGGUGUUACGGUGGACAGAAAAAUCUUACCAGGCUUGGAAAUCCCUCCGGCUUCUUUACUGUCAUUCAUCGGUGUAUCGAUUCUCAUCUCGGUCCCGGUCUAUGAGCAUGUGUUUCUACCGUUAGCUAGAAUGAUAACCAAAAAGCCUUUUGGGAUCACAAUGCUCCAGAGAAUAGGAGUUGGAAUGGUGCUUUCGAGCUUCAAUAUGGUGCUCGCAGCAUUGGUUGAAACCAAACGGCUUCACAUCGCUAGGGAACAUGGGCUCUUGGACAAGCCGGACGUGACCGUUCCAAUGUCGAUAUGGUGGUUCGUUCCACAGUAUUUGCUGCUCGGGAUGAUCGAUGUGUUCUCUCUAGUGGGAACUCAAGAGUUCUUCUAUGACCAAGUCCCAACGGAGCUAAGGAGCAUUGGUCUUGCGCUCUCUUUGAGUGCGAUGGGUCUUUCAAGCUUCUUGAGCGGUUUGCUCAUCACUGUGAUUGAAUGGGCUACGGGAAGAGACAACGGGGACAGCUGGUUCAACACUAACUUGAACAGAGCCCAUGUCGAUUACUUUUACUGGUUGCUCGCUGCUUUCACCGCCAUUGCUUUCAUUGCGUUCUUGUUCAUCUCCAAGUUGUAUGUGUAUCGUCGAGCAGACCAAGUAUAAGAAUUUACAAAACAAAUUUUGUUGACUUUGCAUAUCAUAUUUGUUGUUCUAACUU